AUAUAAACCAGGUUUGCUGAGAAAGAAUUAAAGAGGCAGUCCCAGAGCAGGGGAGGAUUUACUUCGGCAGAGCUGCUCAGUGUGCCACAGCCCAGCAAGAGAGAAGGGCAGGAACAAAGGACUGCUCUGGCUGCAGGAGUCUGGCACAAGGGUUUAAAAUGACUCUCAACAACGUUACCAUGCGUCGCACUCACAACAGCAGUCUGCACCAGCAGCAGCAGCGAUGGAGCAUCCCUGCUGAUGGGAAGAAUCUGCUGGUCCAGAAAGACUCCAACGAGUACAACCCACAGAAACGAUACACCAUCAGUCCUGAUGAAUAUUACAGGAGGAGCUGGUCCUCGGAGUCAUCUGACUCCGUCAUCUCCUCUGAGUCUGGCAGCAACUGCUACCGCGUGGUGCUGAUCGGGGAGCACGGCGUGGGCAAGUCCUCGCUGGCCAACAUCUUUGCAGGGGUACAUGACAGCAUUGACAGUGACUGUGAGGUGCUGGGAGAAGACACAUAUGAAAGAACUCUGAUGGUGGAUGGGGAAAGUGCGACUGUUAUACUGCUCGACAUGUGGGAUAAUAAGCGGGAGGGAGAAUGGAUUCGAGACCACUGCAUGCAAGUGGGAGACGCCUACUUGAUCGUCUACUCCAUCACAGACCGAGCAAGCUUUGAAAAGGCCUCUGAGCUCAGGAUACAGCUCCGCAGGGCACGCCAGAAAGAAGAUAUCCCCAUUAUUUUGGUUGGCAACAAAAGUGACCUUGUCAGGUGCCGUGAAGUUUCAGUGGCAGAGGGGCGAGCCUGCGCUGUCGUGUUUGACUGCAAGUUCAUCGAGACCUCAGCAGCUGUGCAGCACAACGUGAAGGAGCUCUUCGAGGGCAUCGUGCGGCAAGUCCGGCUCCGCAGGGACAGCAAGGAAAAGAACGAGAAGCGCCUGGCGCUACAGAAACGGAGGGAGAGCAUCCCCAAGAAAGCCAGGCGGUUUUGGGGCAAAAUAGUUGCCAAGAACAACAAGAACAUGGCCUUCAAACUCAAGUCCAAGUCUUGCCAUGACCUAUCAGUACUUUAAGAACGCUGGACUCUGCCAGAACUUGUGGCAUUUUGCGGACAUUAUCUAACUUUGUCAUUGGACAAUCAAUCAAUCUAUAUUAGAUUGGGCUAUCAGUGACUUAGGUUCACAGUUGUGAUUGUGAUGAUAUGUGCUGGCAUAAGAACAGCACAGUGCAUGGAAAUAGCUCUUCCUUUUUUUUUUUUUUUUUUCUAAUUUUUUUUUUGUCAGUAGUUUUAAAAGAAAAGUAUAGACCAGAAUGGCCCAAAGUUAUGCUGGGAACUGUUCUGGAAUACACCUGUUCUUUCUCCUCUCACCUUUGGAUAAUAGUGUAAGAACCUCAAACGCCAUAACUUGGGAAGUGAAUACUACUGUCUUUACUCUUUCUCCUUGCUAUUAAUAUUUCUUUUUUAAAACUGUGUAAAGAAUUGAGGAACUGACUGGAGAUUGGUCCCUUGUCAGUUGGCUGGUCAGGCUUGAGCACCCAGAGCUGAAAAAAAAAAGCAUUUUUGUAGAAAAACCACAAAGACACCUGUUUGGUAUAUUUUGCUUAUUUCGAGGAUUAGUUUCAGUGAGUUUACACAUUUCUUACUUUGAAAAUAUUUAAAGGAAAAAAUCCUACAGUCAAACAAAAUUUCCUCUCAUAUUUUCAUAUUAUGGGACUGUUUAAGAAUCAUAGUAAAAUUAAAAUUAAAGUGCAAGUUGUAUCAAAGUGCAUCAAGUGCAAGAUGCCAAACCUUUAAAAAUCACCUGAGCUUUUUUAUGCCACCACAUGGACUUCUUGUAUCCAUCCUUGGUCUUUCUCUAUGCCAGAGCUACGCUGUAUUUAUUGUUGUGCAAAAUAACAAGCAUUUUAAUGUCGAGGGGAAAUGUAUUUAUUACCAAUUUUCUUAAGAUAAUAAUGUUAAUUUUAUUACUGUUUUCUAUCUAAUAUCUUUUUUCAGAUAUGCAAGUUUUUACUUACAUGCCUUGUAAUAAAAUAAAUAAAAUAUA